UCUUGCUAGCCUCUGAUGCUUUGUAUAGAAGCAAUAAGGUAGACAAAAACUUCGGGUUUAGAACAAAGUAAGUCCUUAAAGGAAAGGAAAGUAUUUCUCCUUACUUCCAAGAAAAGUAUUCCUCACCAUUCAUCAGAAUUAACAUUCCCCUCCAUUCCCAUUUGCAGAUCACAUUCUAAAAGAAUUAUAUUUCCUUAAUGAAAUAUCCCACAAAAAUGGUUCAAAGCUUUCUUGGCCUUUGCCACAGGCUCUACGACUUCAUCAUUGAAUGUCUAGCAACAUACGCCAUGAGAAGUGUAACGUUAGGCCAAAGUUCUCAUCAGGCUUCAGCUCAGGAAACACCAUUUGAAGUUGCAAGUUUGCAGGACAAAGUAGAGCCAGAUCCAGCCCAUGAUCAUAAAAAAGUUGCUCAAGAAAUACCAUUUGAAGAUGCAAGUUUGCUGGACAAAGUAGAGCCAGAUCCAGCCCAUGAUCAUAAAAAAGUUGCUCAAGAAAUACCAUUCGAAGAUGCAAAUUUGCAGGACAAAGUAGAGCCAGAUCCAGCCCAUGAUCAUAAAAUGCCUGCUCAAGAAAUGGGCGGUCAUGCUAGCGUUUCCUCCGAACCAUCCAAGGAAAAGGAAAAUGAAGAGGAAGCUGCAACUCGAGCUCAAGCUCCAAAGAAAAUGGUCAGCAUAAAUGACAAGGUAGAGGAGAUGGCAGCAAGCAGGAAGAAAAGUAGAAAGAAGAAAGGAACAGAAAAAAUGGGUUCAUUUGACCAAGAAAUAGAUGAGCCAAAACCUUUGAAAUCGAUUUUAAAGCCGGGUAUCUAAGCUCGAUGAGAAUUCAUAUAUAUGAACUUGUAGCAGCAGUUUGGGGUUUAGCUCAUUUGCCUUCUGCUUUGUUCAUUCUAUAUUGUUGGCUAGGGAGAUCGCCAAGAUAACCUAUUAAUCUUAACAAAUACUAAGAUAGGUGUUAUUUUGUAACUUGUACAGAAGUGAAAACAAAGCAUAAUAAAUCUUUUCAAGUUGGUUCAGUU